CAGAUCGUGCGGUUCUUGAUCGAUCGAUCUGCAGACGGUGGGUGAUCUCUCGCUCUCGCAGCAUCACGCGCUCGCUCACACGACGGCUCCAGCAACUUAAAGACCGGUGCGGUCCGGUCGCGAUCAAUCAUUUACUCGCGAACCUGCCUACCGGACGGUGACCAACUCGCUCGCCAACGUCAACUGCAACUCGCUCUAUCCGUUCGUCCGUCCGUUGUCCGUCCGUUCGCGAUCUUUGAGGUGAUCUCAGUGCCCUUUAACACAUCCGAUAACCGAUCGUUGCGAUCUGCACCACGAUGAAGUGGAUGAUCCUGAGCUGUUUGAUCGUCGGCAUGAUGCUGCACGCUGGUGAUGCCGCACCACGCUAUCAGGUGUUGGAACCACGCGAAGGCUACGUCCCGGUGUACAUCCGGCUCGGCGAUCAACCCUUGGCAGAAAUCAAUCCGGAGCUUGCGGCCGCUUUCCGUGAGCCCGUGAGUCGCGUAAGUCGUGCCGAGCUUGCACAAGCACUGCAAGCGGACCACGGUGUGGCGGUUUCGUCUCACUCGCUUUCGCACUCACACUCGGCCUCGGAUGAGCUGGUGCUAGUGGCGGGAUCGGCCAAAAAGCCCGUCCCCAAUGCUCCAGAGCCCAGCAAACCCGUUGCCUAAAGGAGCGCAAUGAGGUGAAAACCCCAGCAAUAGCAGCAGAAGAAGCGGCGUAGUCCGUCAGAGUCCAGCAGAACCAGCGGGUCCCAGUAAAACUAACCGGCACAGUUACCUCUGUGCAGAUCCAUGCACACGUCCAUGUUAUUUAUUUCGUUAUACACAAACGCAAGUGUUUUUUUUUUACUAACUGCGCAUCGCCACGCGAUCGGAUACCAAUAAAGGAUUACGCGCGAGCAAUCUGA